AUGAGUCUCGGAGCUCGAGGGCCGGGAGGCGAUGGCGCUGGCUGCGGCGCCCGUGACAGUCAGCUUCGUGAGUCACCCAGGGGUACCGAAAACAGCGGCGUCGCGGAGAGCCCGGAUCUGAUAGGUUUCGCCGGGCGGGAAGAGGGCCCCGAGGAGGCCCAGUCUCUGUUCGCUGCUUUCGGCGCCGACACAGAGAGCAACGGGAACAAGCGAGUCUUGCAGCGUCGAAAGCUUUCUGCGUCUUCGGCGAUGCCUGUGACGGCGCCGCAGGGCGUGAAUCGGGGGCGAUCCAAGCGCGUGAAAGGAAGGCGCUUUUCUUCCUCGCCGCAGCGCGAGCCGCUCCAGGCAUCCGACAUGGGAAGUCCACCCAGAGGAGUGGCGGCGGGCAGCCUCGGCAUGGAAGAAGGGCCGUCGGCGACGGGUUGGCGCGGCGACUCUCUGGCAGGCCACGCACCCGGGAGGCGGCCGUGUUCUGCCUUUACGGUGGAUGCCUCAGGCAGCAGCGGCGACCUAGUGGCAGCCGCUCCGUAUCGUGACGCGUGCUUUGCCAUCCGGUCGCCGUGGGAGUCGGCAGGAGGCCAAGGGGGUGCGUCGGGCUCCGCACGGGGCCUGGACGAAGAGGAGAGGGGCCGCGGCGCGUGCUCGCCAGUCUCUGUGCUGCCCUGGUUGGCCUCCUCGCAGUGGCCCGCGGCGGUCGCCGCCCGGCGCGCGGCGGCGACGCAGUGCGUCUUGUGGGGCUUCUGCGAGUACCUCGGAAGCUUCCUGCCGGAAGACGAAAGCAGCAGCCGGUCGCUCUCUUACGUAUGUGUGUCCUCCUGCCUGCCGCAGGAGCCGGUGGCGAGCUCGGGAAGCGGCACCGCGCCCGCGACGACAGCCGUCGCGCUGUACAAGCGCUCACUCAGAGACUUUGACUUCAUCAAGAAGGAGUACGCGCAGCGCCUUCUGCCUCCGCAAGCCGAGCACCAGCAGCAGCAGCUCGCUGUGCAGCUGCAUGCGGACGAAGGCGGCAUGCUGUGGGGCCUCGGAUGCCGUCGCGCCUGCAGCGACAGCGAUGGCGGACGAAAGCGGCGAGGCGUCCGCAGCGGCCGAACAAAGGCGCAGCCCCUCGCGAAGGAAGAGGAAGACCAGGCGAAGAGCGAGGGAAUUGCCGGAGACGCAGAGUCGCCCGCCAAGCUGUCGCAAGAGGAGUCCACCAGCGAACACAGCAGCACCGGCAGCAGUCGGUGGAGUGACGAGUCUGAGGAUGAUGAGGCACCGGAGUCGUCCACGGAAGGGGAGGAGGACGAGGCUCUGGCAGGCACGCCGUUCGAGAUGAAGCGCAGAGGCCCCCUCACCGCCCAGGAGUCCAGGGAUGACGGAAGGGACGCCGUCUCGGUCUUCGGAGGCUCUACGGCUGGCCAGCAGCAGCGUAGGCGAAGACCUGGUGGGCGGCGGAGACCUCCAAGUGAAACUGACGACGACGAAGCAAAUGAGGAAAAGGCCUCUGUGCUGUCCCUGACGCGAUUGGUGGAAAUGCUGGACUCGCUUCCCCUGCAAAUCCCGAUGAAAGGCCGAGUCGUCUACACGCUACUCUCUGCCGUGGACUGGGCAGUCCAGGCGAGGGAGGCCAUUGCGUUUUUGCCGCGGGACUCUCUACGCCGCCAGUGGGUUCAGCUGAUUCAAGAUGCAGGCGAUACUGCAGAGGAUCCUGCGCUGCCGAUCACGCCUUCGCUCAUUCUCUCCCACGUUCCAGACGCACGAGGCAAGGCGACGACAGAUGAGGAGGGCACCAGUCGCGCGAAGGCGGCGGGCGACCAGGACAGGCAGUCCCCAGAGCUUCAGGAGCAGAGCGACGGCGCAGGAAGCUGUCCCGCCGGCGGACCGGAAGGCGAUGGGGUCGCUGAGGGCCGCGUGCCGACCGCUUCAGAGUCGCGGGGCGUCGAGUCCCCGUCAAAGGUCAGACUGGAGGAGACUGGCAGCACGGGCCUGUCGCCUUUGGUGUCUCCGGACGAGCCGCGGCGUCGCCGCGAGUCGGACGGUUCCCUCGCAGGGCCGCGCGAGGACGAUGAGGGCGAGGCCUCCGCUCUCGACUCGCUUGCGGGCGGGCGCGCGCGCCGGCGCCGCGUGGCGCGACCAUUUGCAUCUGCCGCCCACAUGCGCCGACGCCCCAGUCUGCAGCGUUCGCAGUCUCUGGACGACGGGGGCGGGACGUAUUCCGCGUGUCACACGCCGAGCGCCUCAGACUCCACCGCCGGUUGUGCCGGCCGCCGGUUGAGCAGUUCAGCCAGUCAUCCGCCGGACGAGUUCCUCAUUCAGACGUUCCCGCAUCCCACGCUGUCGCCUAUCCAGCGCGCCUUCAUCUACGUGGAGGAGGCGUCGGCGCUGCUGCACGCGACGUCGCCAGAAGUCUGUCUGGUGUGCGCGCGGCCGCCGACAGUACCGCGCGCGGCGGCGGUCUCUGCGGCUUCGCUGUCGUCGGGCGUCGCAGUGGAUCUCGACGACGAACUCGCGCGCGAAGGCGCAGAAGGCAUCUCCGUCGGCCGGUCGUGGGUCCGCUGCGCCGAGUGCUCACGCGGCUUCCACGUCGCGUGCGUCGCGACGCUCUCCAGGCAGCAACAGGCGUUGCGGCGCGGCGGCGCGGGGCAAGAGGGCCUCGCGGACGCCGCAGCCGGCCGGUGCCCGUCGCUGGUUGACCAGGCCUCUGCCUCCUCCGAGGCCAUGCGCCCGAGCGCGCUGGGGCUGGGCGCCGCCGGCGCAGAAGCUGAGAGGGACGCCGCCCGCGAAGGCGGAGGCGACAUGCUUGAGGACGACGCAGAGAAACGCCGACGCGAGGCCGAGGAGAUGCAGGCGUAUCCGCCAGGCACCGUGGAUUCUGCCCUAGGCGCAGGCGUGAAGGGCGACUCGGUGGGGGGCGAAGGAGACGAAGAGAGCUUCGCAGGCGGAUUCUGUCCUGUCUGGCGGUGCCCGUGCUGCAUUGUGCGAACCGGGUCGUUCUCCGAGGCAACUCUCGAGUUCUUCUUCCUCACAUUCACAGCCACCAUGAGAAUCGCUGCAGACCCCAGUGGCCCCCGGAGGAUGCCUUCGUUCAGACGGGUGUAUCGGCUACUUAAGACUGCGUCCGAGUGGCCUCUUCGAGGUUUUUUGCUGCGCGAGCGUCGGAUCCUCCAGCAGCGGAUGUGUCUGCUGCGCCUGUGGCUUUCGGACUACCACACUUUCCUCCUCUCACUGCCGACGGAGCACAGCACCUUCGCGGACCUGCAUGCAUUCAAACGCUUAGCCAACGGGAGUUCAGAGUCCCUCGGCGAACCCGCGGUGUUGCGUGUAGCGAGGCCGCUGCCUGCGCUGAGCGACGAUGAGGCUCGGGACGGUCCGGAUGAUGGCGCCGCAGACUACCCAGGCAGAGGAAACGUGAAGCAGCACGAUGACUCCCUUCAAGAAGACGGCUUGGUGGCAAACGCGGACGGCGGCCGCGAGUCAGCGAGCGAUAUCAAAGCUGGACGCGAGACAGGCGCGGGGGACAGGCCGGAACGUGACCUCAAGGCAGACGCGGAAGAAGUCGAAGGCGUCCAGCAAGAGGCCGGCGGCGGCGACGCAACUUCUCACGGCUCACGGCAGCCGGUGGCAGAUGUCGAGAUGAAGGAGGGCGAAUUCAGUUGUGCAGAGAGCGAUCCGCUAGCAGGCGCGGGGGACUCUGCUGCACAGCAGUUGAUGCCGGGGUCGGAGCUAGAAGACGCAGAGAAGCUUUUUGCUGCGCAGGAAUGCCGUGAGCAGUCUCUAGAUGAGGCUCAGGCGGAAGCAGGGAUGCAGGCAGCAGAGGGCGGCGCGGCAAAGGGACAGCCAGGGGGUUUGGCUCCUUCGGAGGACGCGGGCGCCGCCGCCGUGGAGGCCGCCGGUGAAGCUGGAGACGACUCGGAGGGAUCAGGACAGGCGGCAGCAGCUGCAGAUGGAAGCCUCGAGGCGCAAGUCAAGGCCGAGCAGGAGGAGAGGGAGGACGGGAACGAAGAGGAGAAGGACGACGAAAAGGACCAAGAGCGAGACGACGACGGGUCUGAGGCUCCUGAAGCAAGCGAAGACGCCACUCCACCACUUCCAGCUUUGCAAAGGAGACCGCGAGCCGCCCUGACACCCUCCACGCGCACGACGCGAAGUCGGACUGGAGCGAUUAAGGCCCCGUCUGCGCGGCAGAUGCUUCACUUGGAUCGGCGAGGCACGAAGCGCCAAGCCAAGAAACCCAAGGGCGUGUCGGCUCGCGGCGCGCGCGUCGCGGGCGCCGCCGUCGAUAGCUGCGGAAUUCCCCAAGCAUACGGGUUCGCGUCCGCAGGAGACAGGGGCUACUUCGCAUCGCACACCUCCACGCAUGUGGGCGCCGCCGCGACCGCGGAGCUCGGCGAGCCUUCGGGGGCGGUCGAGGGAGGCGCGAGGGGGCUGCACGCGUUUUGGUUCCUGGAAGACGGGACGGGCUUCACGACCCAGUCGGGAGCCUCUUUCAGCCUCGCGGAUCUGGGGGUUCCUGCUGCGUGUCGCCCGAUGUCCGCGACCUCUGGCACGACUGGACGAGCGGGCAAGCGCGUGGGCGGGCCUGGACGGGGCAAGCGGGGCCCGACUGGUGGCGGGCUUCUGGGAACGGCGUUCGCCGUCGACGGGGCUCUGCGGGGGCGCAUGGGCGGGCUCGGCGGUCGGACGUCCCAUGCCGCCGGCGCCUUCAGGAAGGGUCGAGGCCGCCGCGGGGCUCCUCUCUCGCACAGACUGGGGGACAGGGCGAGCCGCUCGGCCGCCGCGAGUCUGUGUGCAGACCACACCGGGGCGCGGGGCGAGGACCCGUUCCUGCGGAUGGAGCGGGCGCGCGUGUUUGCGCAAGUCGAGAAACGCCUUCAGGGCCGCGUAGUUGUGCACCUUGAGCCCGACAGUGCCGAGGAGCGAGAGGAAGACGACGAGCGCGAGGAGAAGGACCAGGCGCUGGGAGGCGGAACCGAGGGCGAAGAGGCAAGCCGCCGAACCUGCGACGGCCAAGGAGAUCUUUACUCACUCCGUGGGGAGUCUCGGCGCAUUUCUGACGAGGAGGAAGGCGACGGGAAACGCGGUGAAGCGGCCUUGCCCGGCGAGAGCCGGCCGCGACCCCGCGGAGGGGCUGUCCCGUCGACCACCUCGUCGACGACGACGCGGAAGCGAGGCUCAGCAGACGAAAAAGAGGAGACGCAGCUCCUGGCGGCCUCACGCGGCGCUGACGACGGCAGACCCACGGUACUGGAGAUCAUUUUGCCGAAUGGCUUCGGCCGUCUGAAGCGCGGCAUGCGAGGCCUUGACUGGGGACGCAUCCCCGAGAUCCAAGGUCUCUCCAUGAUGGUCUGCGUCGGCAUGUUCAUCGGCAUUGGGCGCGUCCACGAGAUCGGCGAACUCGACUUCCUUCUCGACCGUUUGCUGAAAUGGAACAGCGCGCUCAAACUCGUCGCCGACAUCCUUCCUCAGCGGAGACGAAUCUUCUCGCCGAGCGCGCAUUCACCUGUUGCCGCGCAGCUGGCAGCUCCGUCGCCUGCGUCGCCCUCGUUGUCUGCGCCUCCUGCCGGCGCAUCCGCUUCCGCUCUUGCGAAGGCUGGCCCUGCCGGAGUCCCUUCGCCUCCGGCGUCGACAGCGGGUGCGACCCGCGCCUCCGGCGAGUGGGCGUGUGUCUCCUUCAAAGCCCUGAAGCUGUGGCUCUCCGAGGCGCGGCCGCACAAGGCGGUGUCUGUUCCUUAUCUCAGCAAAGCAGAGACCCUCUUGAAGGAAGGAACGGCGCUGCAAACCCGUCUGGCGAGGGCGCUCGCUGAGAUCGACGGGGAGGAGGAAGAAGAGCGUCUGGCGGAGGAGGGCGAAGGCGAAACCGGCCGCGACACGGCGCAGAACACCACAGCCGCAGAGCGUCGUGCCUCGUCUACAUGCGCAGGCACAGACGAAACAGAGUCGAGGCGGGGGCCGGCAAAGGAGCAGAAGGACGGUGAAGGCCACGCAGCAGAAUCCCCGCCUCAGGGUUCGGGAGCGAAGACCGCAGAUGCCGUCCAGCGAGCUCCUGGCGAUGGCCAUGGCGGGGCUUCGCUGGGCACGUCACACGGCCGCCAGCAGUCCAGGAAUGUUGACAACGAAGAAGAGGACUGGGAGCUGUUGGAGGCGGUUGGCGCAGCUCGCAAGAAGAGGCGGCGGGCCAUUGCCAUGCGCAGUCCGGAGGCGGCGGCGGCUCUUGUGCGGACGCCGGCGUUGGCCGUCUUUGGGGACAGCGAGGCGCUUUGCUUGUUGGAGACGCGGAACAUUGAGUGGCUCAAACUCGAGCAGCAGCUGUUCCAGUCGGGCGUUACCGGCAUCGACGGAGAGGAGUUCUUCCACCAUAUCGUCGCAUGCAGCGCCUGGUUUCGAGAGGCCUCCGUGCUUGUGUACUCUAUUCGCUGCCACGGCCUCCCGCACCGGAAGAGCUCUAAGGAAAACUCUCUCGCUAAGAUCACGGCGAGUGGAGGCCGCGAGCAGGCUCCGUCGACCGACGCAGCGGCGCCUCAGCUAGGCGGGGAUGAGGCCGAAGCGUCCCCGCAGAAGACGGGAGACCGGGACGAGGGGCACGAGCCGGAGGAAUGGAAACCGAGACCUCAAGAAGACGCCGCGGCCCGAAAGCCCGCCGCCCCCCCUGCGGUGCCCUGGGUGCAGAGGUCUGUUUACCAUCUCUGGCGAAUGACUCAAGUCUUCUCUCCGCUGAAACGGAAGUGCCUCGAGCGAUGUCAGCAGCGGGCCGAGGAGCUGAGGAGACGGCGAGGUCAUGCGGUCGCGGCUCGAGAGACGACAGGCGACUCGAACAGUCCCUCGUGCCCCUUGAAGCGGGAGGAAGGAGACGUCGGCCCCAGCGCUCCGCACACUUCUCCGCCUUCUUGUGAAUUGACUGGCGCAGACAAGGCCGCGCAGAGUUCCGCGGCGUGCUCGCGGCCCCAGACCGUGCCCGAGGCGAGCUCCUUGUCGACGUCUCCUCAGCCGGGUCGCGAGUCCUGCGAGUUUAAGGCCGCAGCUGCUGACGGAGAAGCCCAGGCCGACACGCAGCGUGAGGAGGCGACGGCCUCCUUCCGGGUGCAUGGGAGUGUCCGCGUCUUCAUUGAGCAAGGCGAAAUCUUGAGCCGACUUCUGCGCGCCACUCUGGAUCGCGCCAUGGCGUUUGAAACGCGCCUUCGCGGCCUGCACGCUCUCGGCCCCCUCCCGUAUGUCAUGCUGCCAAAGGUCGGCACUGCCUCACCGCCACCUGGCAGCGGCGCCUCCGCCGCCGCGACCGCGUCGUGUCUGCCCACCGAGGGUCGCGAACCCACAGAUGGCGCCGCGCAGAAAGCAGAGGCGGCCGUCGCGCCUGCUCGACACGAAGGGACGGGCGAGGGAGAAACGACGCAGCCGGCUCGUCGGGGAGGCGGCGCAGACGAGGAGGGAGUCGCCCCGCAGAUGGAGACGAACAAAAAAGAGGCGUCCGCGUCACGCGCGGCGGAGGAAGAAGGGAAGAAGGGGCCGGCGAGCAAGGAAAAACUCUCCAUGUCGCAGUGGAGCGAGUUGCUCGACGAAGCGCGGAGCAUAGGGGUGCGCGUGGAGCGAGUGGAGUGGAUCUUGAGAGAGAACGAAAAAAUUCGACGGUGUGAGCAACAGCUUCAGAGGGUCGCCAGCAAAGAGACCAAGCUCCCCUCAGUUCAGGCUCUGCACACGCUCGUGACGGAGGCGACGUCUUUGCCUGUUUCGCUUCAAGCCCUCGCAGCGGUCGAGGCGGGCGUGGCGGCGCUGUUAUCGUGGCGCGCGCGCGCGGAGGCCGCGCUGCAUCAAGUUCAGCUGCAUCUGCUUCUGCAACGCCGCCAGCAGGCGGCUCCCCAGCUGCUCCAGCAGCUGCAGCUUCUUCAGCAGCUGCAGCAGCAGCCUGUAAACCUUGACACGGUACGGGCGCUCCUGCGGGAGGCCGACAAUCUUCCGGUUCAGGCGUCCAGUGUGCCGCUCUACCAGGAGUUGGCGCAAAGGGUCGAGGAGGCCACGUUGCGUGAGCAGCAGCAACAGCACGCCAAGCGAUCGAGGGAAGGUGCGAAGCAGCUCCAGACCUCUCUCUCCUCUCAGGGCGGCUGGGGCGCGGCUUUGGCGGCCGUAGCGGCCCAGCAUCAGCAGCAGCUGCUUCAUCUGCAGCAGUCACAGGGUCGCGGCUCUGAAGGCGGCUCGCUGCCGUCGGGCUUCUCGCCGUCCUCUUCGGGGGGCCUUCCUCUGGCCCAGACGCUUCUGCAGGGCGCCGGCGGCUCAGGAGGAGGCGGCGGAGGCGCCUCGCCGGCUGCGGCAGCCGUCGCCGCGCUUCAACAGCAGCAGCUGCUUAGGCACUUGGCUGCUAGCGGAGGGCCUUCGCACGUCUUCGCUGCGGGAAAGCAUCCGCAUCGCCCAUGCUUGCAGCCGCGCGGUGCCGUCGUCGGCGUGGAGGGCCUGGACGGGGACGAGGGACACGUGGGGGCAGCAGGCCCGAAACGCGGGUCUCGAGGCGGGGCCCUAGGCAGGCCUAAGAAGAAGCCGCGUCCGGCAUUCCCUACUUCGACGCUGGGAGCAGCUACUGCUCUCCCCCAUCAUUCCCCCCAUUCUCUCGGAGGCUCUGCCGGCACCUACGCCGGCGCUCAGUCUGGAGUCCUCCCUCAGGGCGACGUCUCCUCGUCGCAAGCUGAGGAGGCUCACGCGCUCGCCAGAGGCGGCGGAGUCGGUGAGAUGGGCUUUGGGAGCGGGGGUCGGCCAGGCGGCCCGGGGGCCAGUGGGCUUUCGGGGCACAGCCCUUCACAGCAGCACGGAGGCAGUGGAGGAAACUCGCCAUCGCCAGCGGCCACCGCAGCCGCGACCCACCUGCUGCUUCAGCAGCAGCUGCACCAUCAGCAGCAGCUCCAGCACCACUUGCAGCAGCAGCGCCACCAGCAACUGCUUCAGCAGCAGCUGCGUCACUCUCACCAGGCGCAGUCGAUGGGCUCGCAGGGGCCACAGCACUCGCCGGCCGUGCGGGCUUCGCCGGCUGGCGUCGCCGCGGACCUCUCGUCCUCGGCCUCCUCCGGCGGCCUGGGCGUCGGCGUCGAAGGCAUGUCCACCUCCGGAGGCGGCCCGUCCUUUCUGCAGCAGAGGCUGCAGCUCGAGCAUCUGCAGCAAUUGCAGCAACAAGUGCAGAGGCAGCAGUUACUCCAGGAGCGGCAGAUGCUGCCGUCCGGCGGGCAGACGCCACUUCAGCUGCAGCAGCUACAGCAGCAGAGAGCGCACGAGCAGGCUCUGCAGCAGCAGCGGCAGAUGCUUCUGCAGCAGCAGCAAAUGCGACAGCAUCUCUCUCAGCCUCCUCAGGGCAUGCCGCCGCCACGAUAA